CUUACUCUUCGUGUGUAGUAGAUAGCCUUUGGUGAUUGUUAUUCAUACUGUCGGCUGCAAUGCUCGGGUUCACUGUCGCCGCGUUACUUGGGGUGGCGGCUGCCAUCCCAACAAUCUCCACCAAAGGUUCCAAGUUCUUUACCAGCAAUGGCAAUCAAUGGUACAUCAAGGGCGUCGCCUACCAGCUUACAGACGCCGACCCGCUCGCGGAUGGUACACAAUGUGCUCUGGACGCCUCUCUGAUGCAGACACUGGGCGCCAACGCCAUCCGUGUCUACCAUGUCGACCCGACGGCGAAUCACGACAGCUGCAUGCAAAGCUUCUCCAACGCCGGCAUCUACGCUUUCAUUGAUCUUGACACAUUCACCACGUACAUCAACCCCAUCAGCCCUAACUGGACCACUUACGCGUACCAAGCCUAUGCCCAAGUCAUGGAUGCUUUCCACGGCUACGACAACGUCGCCGGCUUUUUCGUAGGUAACGAGGUGCUUAACUCUGGCUCCAACAGCCCUGCUGCUCCUUAUGUCAAGGCCGCCGCCGCCGACAUGAAGGCGUACCGCAGCAGCAAGGGCUACCGCAACAUCCCCAUUGGCUACUCUGCUUCCGACAUCCCAGACCUCCGACCAAACCUCCAAAACUAUCUGGCCUGUGGCGGGAAUGCCUCCCAAGCUUUGGACUUCUUCUCGUUGAACGCAUAUGAAUGGUGCGGUCAAAACACCUUCAUGGGCUCCGGCUACUCGCAACUCGAAAUGAACGCGACAGACUACAGCAUCCCCAUUUGGUUUUCCGAGACGGGCUGCAACACCAUCAAGCCACGCACUUUCGGCGAUCAGGCGGCCAUUCUCGGUCCGGAUAUGGAUGACACGUGGUCCGGCGCCAUGAUCUACGAGUGGAUUGAGGAGACCAACGACUACGGCUUGAUCUCGUACGGCGCGCCUGCCCCAACCAGCGGUCCCGUAGGCUCCGGCGUCGUGGCCGGUUACACUCGCACCGGCACCCCGACGCCGAUCUCUCCAGACUUCCCCAACCUUUCCAGCCAGUGGGCCACUCUCAACCCGACGGGUGUCUCGAUGAGCGCCUACACGCCCACCAACUCCGCCCCGGAAUGCCCGUCAUACACCAGCAACCUCUGGAUGGUCUCCGGUAACGUCCCGCUCCCAACCAUCGGCGCCGCGGUGAACGUCCCCUCCGUGUCGCAGUCCUCAGCCAGCUCCAGGUCCGGUUCGCCCAGCGGGUCUUCGAGCGGUGCUCCUCGCAGCAGUGGCAGCGGCAGUGCAAGCGGCAGCGCGAGUGCGAGCCGAAGUGGCUCCGCCACUGCUUCGUCCCCGGCUAGCUCCGCCGCUGCAGGCGCGGCCUCCUCGGCAUCGGGAGCCGCUGCUUCGGCGACUUCUGCGGCCUCGGCAGCGAGCGCGGAGAAGGGCGCCGUGGUGGCUGGCGGUUUCAUGGUGAUGAUGAUGGCUAUUGUUGGUGCCUUGUAAAGACUAGAAAGCCGCCCCUCUGGGCUUAUCUGUGUAUAUGAUUGCAUAGCGACAGCGAAUACAGGUACAGGCACGUGCGACGCGCCGUAAUGCAACGGAGGCGUUUUUCUGGCUGGAGAUGAUUAUUGCAAUGUGCUAGACGAAGCUAUCACUUGCGCCAAGUUAUGCAGGACGUAGAGUGGUGCUCGAACUACGCUUUUGCACGUCAAUUUCUGCAUGCGAAGGGUGUGCGAGCCAGUGUAGUGGGAGAUUUGAGGUUCGAAUAGAGCCGCAUCAAGCGCA